GUGUGUUUGCAAAUGAAAUUUGGUUCGCUGUCAAGAUACGAUUAAACUAGCAACAAUUUUCAUCACUCGCCCUGUAAUAAAUCUCAGUGGAAAAACACUAUUUUUUUUAAAUUAUUAGAAUUAUUAGUUCAACAACUUGCUGGAAAAGUUUCGGUUUUGAAGACGGGUGAGGUUCCAUCGAGGCAGGCGAUAUUUGGGAAAUAUUUUCUCGAGAAAGGUUGGGUUGAACGUGAAAAUGAGAAAUAUUCUGCGUCUACAGAAAGCUCAACAAAUAUAAUUUGGAUUUAUUAGAGGAUUAAUUGUAAAUUCUUCGCUCACUGAACACUGAAAUGGAGGAACAAAUAAGUCAGGACUCGUGUGACGUAGAGAUGACGAACUCGAAAGGAGUUCUUCUAAAAAUUGCCAAUUUGUACGCGGAACAGUUGAUGUCCGACGUUUGUCUAGUGGUGGGAGCCAACCGCUAUCCGGCCCAUAGGGUCAUCCUGUGUGCCAGUAGCGACGUGUUCCAGGUCAUGCUGAUGAAUCCGGAGUGGAACGAGUGUCGCGAGAGUGUCAUCGAGCUCAAGGAGGAUCCGAUGUGUUCGAUGGUUUUUCCACAAUUUCUCAAGUACCUGUAUGUGGGCCAGAUUAAGGUGUCCAUCCAGACGGUGAUGCCGAUGCUGGAGCUGGCCGAUAAGUACAACAUAAAGGAUUUAGUGGAGCUCUGCGUGGACUACAUGAUGAAGCAUAUUGCGAAGGCGGCAACGCAGGGCUAUUUGGUGUCAUGGUUCCAGUAUACGAUUUCGCUCGGGAACAGCCACGUCGAGCUGACGCAGGCGUUGCAAAAUUUUCUGAAGUGGAACUUGAACAUCGUUUCGGAAUCGAACGAUUUCAACGAGCUUUGUGGGAUGAUUUUGGUGACGCUUCUGCAACAGAAUGAUAUCGUUGUGCAGAGCGAAUUUACGCUGUUUGAGUAUCUGGAGAAAUGGCUGUUGUACAAAAAGGACCAGCUCGACAAGGAGCAGGAGAUGAACGAGGAGGAGAAACUGUACGAACUAGUCAGCACAAUCGAGGCCGUCUUUGUGCACGUUCGCUUUGCCAUGAUGUCCCCGUCUGAGUUGGCGCAAAUUUUGGUGCGACCCAUCCUGCAGUACCACAAGGAGUUCUUUGUCGAGCGGGUUGCCAUCGGAAUGAGCUACCACUCGGGGCAAGAGGAUCGCAUACGGGAGAUCCGGGCGCAGGAGAAUGGUGCGCUGCAGUUUACGCCGCGUCUUUACACCACCGACGUUUGGGGCCUUAGCAUGAAGAUCGACGAUUUCGAGGGAAUCGAGAACUAUCGCAGCUUUGUGGCGCUGUUCUUUUCGCAGCAGGAUCUGUCGGAGUGCCAGGAAGAGCAAAGCGUUGCGUGGGAGAUUGAAUUUUUCCCCCGCGGAGUGCGCUUCAAUCGUGCAAAGCUGAUUGGGGUCUUCAAUACGCCUGUCUCUACGGAAAUCCCAGAGUCGAUCAUUCGAACCGUGCGCUUGAAGGUUCUGUGCCAGGAGAAACUAGAAGAGGAUCGGCGAUUCACGAUCGGUGUGCUGAUCAGCGGCGUCCAGAACAGGAUCACCUACAUCCGGACGUGUCACGUUCGGACGGCGUACUUCUCCAAUGAGUUCCGGGUGUUGAACAUCGAUAACCUGAUACCGUACGAGGAGCUGAAGCUGAGCGCCGUUAACCUGUCACCCCAUCUGAUCGGCGAGAAGCGGGACACCAUCCAGCUGCAUGUGAUCAUCGCUCCGCUGGGGGAGCACGCGAGCAGCGAGACACCCCCGUUUGAGUUUCGAAAUUUAUAGUUUUGUUGCUAGGGAAUCCGGGUGGAGAUUCCUUCGGUUGUUAGAGAAGACGGUGGAGAGCAAAUCGUUGUUUAACGCUACAAGCGCGUUAGCAAGAUCGGAGAAAAAAAAAAAGCGAGGGAAAGAGAGAUCGAGUCACUUAUUGUAGCUGUUUUUAGUUCAUCACAAAAAAGAACGAAUCUUUUUGGAAAAUUGUAAGGACGAUUGUUGGCGCUGUAUUUGUUGCUCGCUUGAUAAGCGAAACAUUUCUCGGGACAUUUUUUCGGCCAACCAAAUCGAAAGCUGGCUGUCGGGGGAGACUGCUGAUAUAUGUAUGACAGGACAGGUUCAUUGUUCAUGUGCUAAUAUUUCACGAACACUUAUUAAACGCUGGAAUAAUAAUAAAAAAAAUUAAAC